AAAGCCUACAGGCCCAAUACCGAAACCUUCUCCCCCCCUCUCUCUCUCUCUCUCUCUCUCUCUCUCUACAAGCUUCUCCUCCGCGACCUCUUUCAGCGAAGUUGUUUUGUGCAAAAAUGGCAGAUUGGGGCCCCGUACUCAUCGGUGUGGUACUCUUCGUGCUGCUGCAACCAGGACUCCUAUUCCAGCUACCCGGAAACGGUAAACAAGUUGAGUUCGGGAGCAUGAAAACCAACGGCAAAGCCAUCGCUGUUCACACUCUCAUCUUCUUCACCAUCUACUCCAUCCUCAUCCUCGCUGUCCAUGUCCAUAUCUACACCGGCUGAACUGUUAAUCGAUGCUUAAAACCUACAGAUCUGGAUUGAGAAAUUGUUUGUAUGUUUAUCAUUUUGAUUUAAUGGAAUAGAUUCCUUGUUUGUUAGGCUAGAUCUACUUAUUUUUUUUUGUUGGAUGAUUAUUAUUGAGCUUUUUGUAAAGUUGAAAUAAGUGAUGCAUGUGGUACAACUGGUCGUUGAAAUGAAAUGGCAUCAACAACAUUGUAGAAUA